AUGACCAUGGACCCUCCGUCGGGUCCUGUCGGCGAGCCCUCCACGGCCUCAGCGACGACCGCGAGCGCCUCGCCCCGAACCGACAGCCCUGCAACACCAGUAACUCCCACCGAGGACGGCGACAUGAUCGAAAUUCCUUCCUAUGGCCUCGAGUACUGGGAGUAUCGACGCGCUGCCUUCCUCGCCGGCAAGCCCUUCCCCGCACCCGGAAGUCCUGCAACGGACUUACCCGAGUCGUACACGGUCCCGGUGCCAUCGCCGCCAGCCCCGAGCGUGCUCUACUGUCCCCCGAGAGGCAGUUCGAUUGAGCGGCUCGAGGCGCUUCUUUCGACCUUUGGAGCGGAGGAGAGCGACGUCGCCUGGAACAGCGGGGUUGGCGGUGUCUCCAGGAAGCUGAGUGGAGGAAAACAGCUCGCCAAGGGCCUCAGGCUAGGAUUAGUGAUCAAGAUCCUUCGCGCCGGUUGGCUCCGCGACGGCACUUGGCCCCUCGACCCGAAGACACUUCGCGCUCUCCCGCCUCCCGACUCGCCUCCCCCGGCGCCUGGACCGGACCCCUACGCUCCUCCCCCGACAGGACCGGCAGUGGCGACGUACACGCCGCACUCGCACGUAUUCCAGCUGCAGCAGCUGAAGCACUCCCAGCAGCAAUGGGAGCGCCGGGCGAGCGGCGGCCCAGGCGCGCAUCUGGGGCACAAGCCGCUGACCUCGAGCGCCGUGCUGGGCAUCACGGGCGUGAGCGCGCCGGGGACCCUCGAGCUGCCGCGAUCCGGUCUUCUCGGACUUGGAAACAGCCCCCUGCCGUCUCCUGGCGGAGGGGCUGUCAGCGCGGAACGGCAGCUGCGGCCCAUUCCCAAUAGAGCUGGGAAUGAGUAG